AUGUACGCCGGCAUUUCUGAUCCGUCCGGGGGGUUUGGAGCACCGGCCUAUCAGACCUACCCCCGAGGAGAGGAAACGAAGACGUAUCGGCUCACCAAUGGAAAGUUCCUCGGGCGGUAUGUGAACCAGCCAGUGCGGCUCCUCGGCUUCCUCAAAAGCCUCGAGGAUGCCGGAUCGCGCCUCGUCUUCACAACCACAGACGGGAUGACAGUCUCCUGCGCACUGGCGUCGCCCGCUCCCCACGACCCCGCCACGAUGGACAAAGUUCUGGUCGUGUGUGGCAUUCUCUCUUCGGCGUCGCCCACCCAGUUGGCGGACGCGUUCUUCACCCCUCUGGGAAACGAGCUGAACGCAGACCAAGCCGACGAGGUCGUGGCCAUGGCGCACCACGAUUUCUUCUCCCCGUUCUACUCCGCCGCCUCCGACACCCCCGCCGCUGGAGAGCAUCCGCACUGA